GGCGGGCCCCGAGCUGUGCGGGCCGCGGAGGUAAGGGCGGGGUCGCAGGCGGGGAGAACCCGGAAGGGAGCGGCUCUCCGAACCUCGCCGGACGCGGAGGGCAGCGCCCCGGACUGCAGGCCGGAGAGCCGGGUGCUCCGUGUGACCUUGGGCCUCGCUGUCCGCAUCCUGGAGAGGACGGACUUGGGCUGGAUGCACUCGAAAGUUCCUCUGGCUCCAAUUUUGCGGAGUUUGAAUGAAAAGAGAGAGGCUGAAGACGAGUAGUGUCGCUCUGGAAGGGCCACGAAGCGCUGGCUGUGGUGGAGGCUGUGCAUCGACUCGACCUCAUCCUUUGCAACAAAACUGCUUAUCAAGAAGUGUUCAAACCAGAGAACAUUAGCCUGAGGAACAAGCUGCGCGAGCUCUGCGUCAAGCUUAUGUUCCUGCACCCAGUGGACUAUGGGAGGAAGGCGGAGGAGCUGCUAUGGAGAAAGGUGUACUACGAAGUUAUUCAGCUUAUCAAGACUAACAAAAAGCACAUCCACAGCCGGAGCACCUUGGAAUGUGCCUACAGGACGCACCUGGUCGCUGGGAUUGGCUUCUACCAGCAUCUGCUCCUCUAUAUCCAGUCCCACUACCAGCUGGAACUUCAGUGCUGCAUCGACUGGACCCAUGUCACCGACCCCCUCAUAGGAUGCAAGAAGCCAGUGUCUGCGUCAGGGAAGGAGAUGGACUGGGCACAGAUGGCAUGCCACCGAUGUCUCAUGUACCUGGGGGAUUUGUCGCGAUAUCAGAAUGAAUUAGCUGGUGUAGACACUGAACUGCUAGCUGAGAGAUUUUACUACCAAGCCUUGUCAGUAGCUCCCCAGAUUGGAAUGCCCUUCAACCAGCUGGGCACGCUUGCAGGCGGCAAGUACUACAGCGUGGAGGCCAUGUACUGCUACCUGCGCUGCAUCCAGUCGGAAGUGUCCUUUGAGGGAGCCUAUGGGAAUCUCAAGCGGCUGUAUGAUAAGGCAGCCAAAAUGUACCACCAGCUGAAGAAGUGCGAGACUCGGAAACUGUCUCCCAGCAAGAAGCGAUGUAAAGACAUCAAGAGGUUGCUGGUGAACUUCAUGUACCUGCAAAGCCUCCUACAGCCCAGGAGCAGCCCAGUGGACUCAGAGCUGACGUCACUCUGCCAGUCCGUCCUGGAGGACUUCAACCUCUGCCUCUUCUACCUGCCUCCGUCCGCCAGCCUCAGCCCAGCCAGCGAGGGCGAGGAGGAUUACGAGGGCGGCUACGCUUUCCUCCCGGACCUCCUCCUCUUUCAGAUGGUCGUCAUCUGUCUCAUGGGCGUGCACAGCUUGAAGAGAGCAGGGUGCAAGCAGUACAGCGCGGCCAUCGCCUUCACCCUGGCUCUCUUCUCCCACCUGGUCAACCACGUCAAUAUACGGCUGCAGGCUGAGCUGGAGGAGAGCGAGAACCCCAUGCCGGCGUUCCAGAGCGACGGCACAGGUGCAGAUGAGCCCUUGGAGAAGGAGGAGGUGCCAGGCCCUGAGCCCCCUCCCGCAGCACCUCCCUCAGGUGAGAUCAGAAAGAGCCGGAAGUUCUCCCGUCUCUCCUGCCUCCGCCGUCGCCGCCACCCACCCAGAGCUGGAGAGGACAGUGACCUGAGCGAAGGCUUUGACUCGGACUCCAGCCACGACUCAGCCAGGGCCAGUGAGGGCUCAGACAGUGGCUCCGACAAGAGUCUCGAAGGUGGGGGUACAGCCUUUGAUGCUGAGACAGACUCAGAAAUGAACAGCCAGGAGUCCCGGUCAGACCUGGAGGACAUGGAGGAUGAGGAGGGGACACGGUCCCCAGCCCUGGAGCCCGCUCGGCCCAGGUCAGAGGCUCCCGAGUCUCUCAAUGGCCCCCUGGGCCCCAGUGAAGCUAGCAUUGCCAGCAACCUGCAAGCCAUGUCCACCCAGAUGUUCCAGACCAAGCGCUGCUUCCGACUGGCCCCCACCUUCAGCAACCUGCUCCUCCAGCCCCCCAGCGAACCUCACACCGUGGCCAGCCGCACGCCCUGUGUCAACGGAGAUGCGGACAAGCCCUCGGAGCCAGCCUCUGAGGAGGGCUCCGAGUCAGAGGGCAGCGAGUCUAGCGGGCGCUCCUGUCGGAAUGAGCGCAGCGUCCAGGAGAAGCUACAAGUCCUGGCGGCCGAAGGCCUGCUUCCCGCCGUGAAGGUCUUCCUGGACUGGCUGCGGGCCAACCCUGACCUCAUUGUCGUGUGUGCACAGAGCUCUCAAAGUCUGUGGAAUCGCCUGUCUGUGUUGCUGAACCUGUUGCCAGCUGCUGGUGAGCUCCAGGAGUCUGGCCUGGCCCUGUGUCCCGAGGUCCAGGACCUUCUCGAAGGUUGUGAACUGCCUGACCUGCCCUCCAGCCUGCUGCUCCCAGAGGACACGGCCCUUCGUAACCUGCCUCCCCUCCGGGCUGCCCAUCGACGCUUUAACUUUGACACGGAUCGGCCCCUGCUUAGCACCUUAGAGGAGUCGGUCGUGCGCAUCUGCUGCAUCCGCAGCUUUGGCCACUUUGUGGCCCGCCUGCAAGGCAGCAUCCUGCAGUUCAGUCCGGAGGCCGGCAUUUUCGUGAGCAUUGCCCAGUCGGAGCAGGAGGGCGUGCUGCAGCAGGCCCAGGCGCAGUUCCGCAUGGCACAGGAGGAAGCCCGUCGGAACAGGCUGAUGAGAGACAUGGCCCAGCUGCGACUUCAGCUCGAGGUCUCUCAGCUGGAAGGGAGCCUGCAGCAGCCCAAGGCCCAGUCGGCAAUGUCUCCCUACCUCGUCCCCGACACCCAGGCCCUCUGCCACCACCUCCCGGUCAUCCGCCAGCUGGCCACCAGCGGCCGCUUCAUUGUCAUCAUCCCGAGGACGGUGAUCGAUGGCCUGGACUUGCUGAAGAAGGAACACCCAGGGGCCCGGGAUGGGAUCCGAUACCUGGAGGCAGAGUUUAAGAAAGGAAACAGGUAUAUUCGCUGCCAAAAAGAAGUGGGCAAGAGCCUCGAGCGGCAUAAGCUGAAGAGGCGGGAUGCGGACGCCUGGACUCUCUAUAAGAUCCUGGACAGCUGCAAACAGUUGACUCUGGCCCAGGGGGCAGGCGAGGAGGACCCGAGUGGCAUGGUGACCAUCGUCACGGGCCUUCCACUGGACAACCCCGGUGCGCUCUCCGGCCCUAUGCAGGCAGCCCUACAGGCCGCUGCACACGCCAGUGUGGACAUCAAGAAUGUUCUGGAUUUCUACAAGCAGUGGAAGGAGAUUGGUUGAGACGGACCCCCAGGCCCUGCAGUGGGGCUGCAUCCAGAUCUCUCCUGCCCUCCCUGGCAGCCAGGACCACCACCUGUAGUCACCCCACCACACGCAGACUCACGCACGCACGCAGGAAGGAAGCCCAGCUGCACACAGGCCGCAGGGAGGGCCCGGGAGCCGCAGGGAGGGCCCAGAGCCGGCUGGGAGGGCGGGUCCCCCUGUCGCCAAGACGACGUCAGGAAAGCGGGGGAAGUGUUGGGAGCAGGAGAGGCCUGUGGGCCCCCAGCCAGCCCUUCUGCCUCAGCCCCCUACUGUCCCCAGGGGCAGGUGGCAGGCAUGGGCGUCUGCGUUCCAUUGGAGUGGUUUGUGGACCUCUGAGGGGAAGGGACAGCAGAAGGGCCCCUCUUCCUCACUCAGGACGCAGGGUGGUUGGCGCCAGGAGUUGGAUCCUCCGCUGCCGGGGGGGAGGAAUUGGGUAACACCAGAUGUGUGGGUGAUUCUCUGCAGACCCUUCCCCUCCUGGAGGACCCCCCGCUGUCCUCCCCUCCCUUUGCACAGGGGCAGCUCUGGAGCCUUGGGGACUCUUCCAGAAGAGGGGCCUGGAGCUGCCGGCACCAAGAGCAGGGCCAGGGCUCGCCUCCUCCUGCUGCUGUGGGGGCCAUGCACCCAGCCGCCCCGCUUCUGCCCUCGCUCUGUGCCUGCCCAGCUUCCGGGGCACGGAGCAGGCCCCUCUGACGGCAGGCUGCACCUGUGCAUGGGGCGGAGUGCGAUGCCAGGAAGAGGGGUGCGGUGCCAGGCCACCAGCCCCCUGACGGUCUGGGAGAGGCCUGCGUGGGGGUGGGCCGCAGAAAGGAGGGGCCCGUAGAGCUGCCUGGUCAGGGGCCUGCUGUCCUGCUGGGGCUGAGCAUGGGACUCGCUCGUGGCCAGUGGCGAGGUGAAAUGUGGGAGCCGAGAUCAUGAAUUGCUCAGGGCAGGGGGUGGAGCAGCAAGGGCAGGCUGUGGGGGGGGCUCUGGCCAGGAACGCCUCUGCCCCUUGCCCUGGGGCCGGCCAGGAGCUCGUGGGGGGCGCGGGGAGGGGGUCUCGGCUCUGCUGCCCCCACCCUGGCGCUAGCCUAGCUUCCCAGGCUGUUCUCAGAGGCAAGCAGGCUUCUUGCCUCCUUCCUCUAAGACGGCGAGCCUGGGACGACCUGGGGGGCAGUGGGGUCACCCGGACUCCCAGUCCCUGGCAGUGACUGAGACUGAAGCAUCACUUAAUAAAGACCCCUCGAAGCCCA